GCGCCCCCGCGCCCUUCUAGCCUAGCCUUGUGCUUCCGCACAGUCCGGGUUUCCGCUUCCCUCCCGGGCGCCGGGUGAGAGGGAGCGAGGCCGAACCUCGGUCCCGGCCGCCGACGCCAUGUGGCCCCCAGACCCAAACCCAGAGCCCGACCCGGACCCCGGGCCCGCCAGCCGCUCCCCGCCCCGCACGGCCGUCUCCGGGCUCUGCGCCCUCCUGCCGGCGCCCGCCUUCCUCUGCUCGCUCAAAGGCCGCCUCCUGCUGGCGGAGUCGGGUCUCUCAUUCAUCAUCUUCGUCUGCUAUGUGGCGUCCUCAGCAUCUGCCUUCCUCACAGCGCCUCUGUUAGAGUUCCUGCUGGCCCUCUUCUUCCUCUUUGCUGAUGCCAUGCAGCUGAAUGACAAGUGGCAGGGCCUGUGCUGGCCCAUGAUGGACUUCCUACGCUGUGUCACAGCCGCUCUCAUUUACUUCGCCAUCUCUAUCACAGCUGUCGCCAAAUACUCAGACGGGGCUUCCAAAGCAGCUGGGGUCUUUGGCUUCUUUGCCACCAUCGUGUUUGCCGUUGACUUCUACCUGAUCUUCAACGAGGUGGCCAAAUUCCUCAAACAAGGGAGCUCAGCAGAUGAGACCACAGCUAACAAGGCAGAAGAAGAGAACUCCGACUCCGACUCCGACUGAAGGCCUGACCUGCCCUGGCCACCUGAGCCACGCAGGCCUCCACUCCUCCACUCUGACCAGGCUGGCCAGGGGACCGUGCAUGGUGGGAGGGAGCCUGUGACUUCUCAAGCUGCAGUGGGAGUUGCUGGUGGAGCGGGCCUCCUCGCAGCCCCAAGGUGCCGUUCCUGAGCUUAGCAAAUGAGACUGCAGCCCUUGCCUUAGCACUGUCCAACCUCGCUGCUCCUGAGGGCAUCGUCAGUAUUCCGCCACUUCUCAUUUCUGUCCUACAGACCUUAAGCCCUUUAACUUCUCUGCCAAAAAUAAGCACAAGGGGACAAGGCAGAUGAAGCCCUGUUACCCCAUCAUAGGAAGUGUUUCCUGCUGCAGGGAGUUGGGGCAGAUGACAGAAAAUACCGCGGGGCCAACCCACCCGGCCCCAGUGGUUUUUCAUCUGCCUCUGGUGCCCCUGGUCAUGCCAGGCACUUUGUCAAGAACGAUCCUUCCGAGAUUUUUCUGUUCAAGGAGCACCAGUUUCCUCUUGUUCUUGAAACAGAAGACUGACCUUUGCCCUAUGACCUAGGAGAGAGUGGGGCCCAGGGCCCUUAACUGACUCCUCACACCCUUGGAGACCGUGUCUUCAGGUGACAUGAUUAUUCUGGGUCUAAAACUGUUUCAAAGAAUAGCUUGUGAACUCGCUGACCAGAUCCAAAAGAUUCGAGGGCACCAAAUGACACAGUAGUAGUGACAGUGCCCAGGGCAGCUGGGCAGGCCCAGCCAAACCUUCUUUCCCUGGGUGCCAGUGAGCAGUGGGAGGCUCUCGGCCCUCAGGACAGUGUGCUUCUGGACACCAGAGCAGGUGCCCUGACCCUCACAAAGGGUGAAAUGUGCCUUCUGUGUUCACCUAAGGACCAUAUACUGAGCAUCUAUCUUCAGUGGGAUUUUUUUACUUUAUAUAUAAUUUUUUUUUUUUUUUUUUUUUACACAAAGCAGCUUAUUAAAUGGUAUUUCCUGUGAUCCAAGAGGCCUCGUGAAUGAACCAGAAUCCUGAACCUGUGUUUUGGGCAUUUGUAACCUUUGUUCUUCUCUUGCAUGUGAAUCUCCUACCCUGAAAAAAGCUGUAAGGGAUUAAACCAGACUGAAUUCUUGCUUGGAGUGUGUGUGUGUGGAAAAAAAAUUACACACCCAGAGCAGUGCUGUCAGGUGUCAUGCUCUGGCACAGAGCAGCCCCACGUGCAACAACACACAUACGCUUGCUCCAUGCCAGGUUCCCGCUAGGCACCUGCACUCCUCACUGCUCACACAGGCCUCUUUCACAGCCCAGGAAACUAAUAGAACGUUGGGAAAUUUGCCCAGGUCCACGCAGAAGGCCCAGGGUCUCAUCCGAGUGUCAGUAUAAUGUCUCAUGGUAAGUCAGGCCACGUGUUCUGAAAGCACACAUCAAAGCGGAACCUGUCAAAGCCGACGGGGCACGUGGGGGCCUUGCUGCUCCACCCUGCCAGCCCCAGCAGAGCCCCUGUCCGCAGCGACAGCGAGGAGGCCACAGCUCGCACCUGGGGUUCUUUGAGCCCUACCCCACAGGCCUGUUUUGGGAACUGAGCCACAGCUUCUAAAGGGGCGGGGGCAAGGCAGAGCGAAGAGGAGACAACACUGUUUUUACAGGUCCAUUUAUUAAACAAGAACUCCUUCAUGACAAUUUAAUACAAUAUUUAUUAGUGAUUAGCGCUGAGAAAAUUAUUUCCCUCUACAUACAAAAAUACAGAUUUGAACACUAUGAAAACAAUCAGGACAAGUACCAUGAAAAAUUGGUCCUUCAAAGGAAAUAAAGGGGGGAAACUGAGGGCAGCAUGAGGCUGUGUCUGCUGUCAGGGACACACCAAGAGAAGCAAAGGCUCUGGGGCCCCCAAACCACUCCAAAUGGACAGUCAAAGCCAGGAGAUGGCUGGAGCCAGGUGGUACCCACCCCUGGGCAUCCGGCUCAGCUUUGGAAGCCAGGGUACAAGCUCUGACUUAACGAACAGAUAAACCAAAGUUUGCCAGAUGGGCAUCACCUCAGAAUGCCCCAAGCUGUGCCCACAUCGUCAAAGAAACAGACUUUUGAGAGACAGCGUAGCCGUUUUUAACAUGGCCCCUCUGCCCCAAGUACCAAGUAAUCAUGUGGGAGUUAUCAGCCAUCCAACUUGACUUCCUUUGUUAGAAAACAGUGACACAUCCUGAUCCUUCAAAGCGACAGAAAAGCUACUGGCUAUAGUUUUAUGCUUCAAUAAAUCCACUCCUUCAUUUUACAAUGGGCUCAGCUAGUUUACUCCGGAUUUUUCUUGACCAGACAGAACUCAGUCCUACAGGGGUGGGAAGGCAAAAGCAGCAGCCAGCAUAUUGUGUAUCUUGAUUUCAUCAAGCUCCUCCCAGCAAGGAACCUAUUUUGUUCAGGCUGAACACCAGAGAUGGCCGCUGAGCCAUGAACCAAUCUGAGAUCCAAGUGGAAGGUGAGCCUGAGACAGUGCAGACCGCGCCCUCCAACCCCAAGCCUGUCUCAGGCAGGCAGAGGGAGGCAGGUGGCCAAGCCAAAGGGACAGCCUGAGCUGAUCCAGAAGACGCCAGCCAGAGAAUGCCCUCCAUUCCCCAGCCUCACGGGCUUCUCUCCCUUUGAGACUCAAAGAAGGGGAAGUCAGAGCACCGAGAAUGUUCUGUUCUUUUUUUCCUUCUAAUGGAACCACUUUCUUACUGUUCGAGGUGAGCAGUGGCUGUUUAAACUGAACGGGUAGUUCAAAAAUGCCAAAUGCAAUUAUACUAAUCAACUAUUUCACAGAAAUAUACUCUUACUCUCACACUGUUUAAAUAAGCAGAAAGAAGAUGGGAGGGAGAAAGCAGCAGAGAAAAGAGAUGGGAAAAGCCAGGGUUUUUUUGUGUGUUUUUUUUUUUUUUUUCUCUUUUAAAAUACAUAACAAAGUUUAAAGGGAAAACGACCAAACCUCAAAACCAGCAUUGCUGAAAGCAAUUUUAAAAGGACACAAUCUAAAAUCAUGCUACAAAAAUAGUGUUAUCUGGUUUAACUAAAUGUACAUCUUUUUGUUUCAAUUCCAUGAUUGACAAGAGUGUUUAUGUGACUGACACACAGAAGGCACCAAAGGUGAAAUUACUGUCUUAAAAUAUACAAAGACAUAAUUACCUACUUUGGGAAAAGGAAAAAUACAGUUAUACCUAUAAUAAAUAGUUAAGUGUUUUUGCCACGGGUUCCUGAACCCCUAACAAAUUUCAACAUAUACAAAUAGUUUCAACCCUCCCCCACGCCCCGCAUUCUCUCAGAGGGAACCGCAUCAGAAUCAAGUUAUAGAAAAGCACUGGUUUUAUCCACAUACAUCAGUUUCAUCACGAGGCAGGAUUUGAAAACUCAUUUGUAACUGGGUUACAGUGGCAGAGUUGGAAGCAAGUGACGCCUGGGCUAUCUUGGGGGGCCAGGCAGCUAUCCCACCCUCCUGCUCCCCGCUGGGAAGCCUUGGACCAGCCAGGUCGCCCUUCAAGCCCCAACUACCUGCCUUCCUCACUUCUGCGGACGAAGGUCUUGAAACCUGCAGGAAAGCAAAACGGCCCGUGGUGGGAAGCAGCCAGACCUGGCCCUGGCUGCAUGGGCCCCAGGCCCCUGUGCUGUCCUCAUUUCCUGACCAUCCCUCCCGGUGGCUUUCCUGAUAAAAGCGGGUCUUCCCACCGGGUUUCAGCAGUCAGUCUCCUCCAAUGAUGACACAGGCUGGACAGUUUCAAGCUAUGACUGAAUCCCAUACAAACCACUGUCAAAUCCAUUGUGUCACACCUUCUCUCCUCUGAGGUGCAAUUAUGAAAAGAAACUUUGGGCUUCUUCCUAACCCCAACAAAGCUGAUCAAGGCCAUCUGAGACAAGUUCCUACUCUAAAUCAGAAUCAUGAAAAAUUCUGAUACAGCUCACUAGACUCCAAGCUAUUAACCCCUUAAUGAAGGCUCUUGGCCUUGUGUAGAAGGCAUCCCAAAGGCAACACACCACUCCAGUGCGUCUAGAUAGCAAGUCACCCAAAUUAAAGUCUUGGCAUGGAAACUAGACAGCAAACUGACCCUGUGAAAAAGAUACAUGAUUGAAGAGUCCAUGAACUAAACUUUAUUCUAGCCAAGUUGCCACUCAAUUAGACUCUGGGUUUGUGGGUAAUUUUUUUUUUUUUUUUUUUUUACUUUUAUGUUUACAGAAUAAUAAAAACUAGAGAGGAAAAGGGAAAAAAAAAUCUCAAGGUUGAGAAAUUAUAUCCAAAUGGAAUAAGACUA